AACCUCAUAGAAUCCAUAGGAUUUGACUUGCAGAAGCUCAGUGACAAAUAUAAUUUAGCCUUACAAAUUGUCAUUCAAGCUUAAUAUCGAUCGGCGAAAACGACGAAUGAAGAAAAGAUUUAUUCAAAGAAAUACGUCAGGCAAUACCGAACCUUUCACUGCAGCUGAUUGUAAUAUCACAAAAGCAAUGUACGUAGGAGUCUUAACGUAUUUUGAGAAAUUAUCAUGAUUGUCUAGUAACGCUGACUUGCGCACUUUAAUGGGAAAAAACCUCAGAGGACACAGUUAAUAAGAGUUACAAGUACCAGACGUUGAUGAAGACUGUCUUUUAGAUUUUAAAAGAACCUUGCCUGACUUAAACAUGGGAGCAUCGCCUGAAUUCCCCCAAAAAGAAAUUGAGCGACUGACAUCGAAGCUAAGAGAACGAGAAGAGGAAAUUAGGGAAAAGGACCAUGAAAUUGAAAGAUUGAAGACAAAGCUAAGCAAGAAAGAAAACAAGAAUGCAUCUGAAAGGUUUAAGAAGAAAAUAAUCGAUUUAGAAAAGGAAAUUUUAAGUUUGAAAGAGGAAAACCAAUUAUUGAGAGAGGAAAUUGAUAAAAUGAAUAUUGAAAAAAAUCAAAUGCAAAACGAAAUACUCGAAAUGAAGGAUAACAUGAAAAACCAAGAUCAGGAAAUCAAAGACCUGCGAACAGAGCAAUCAAAUCAACAGAUCGCUACUUUCGACAAAAUAAAAUCACUCGAAAAGAAAAUAUCUAAUGAUGAUCUUGUAUACAUCGGGGAGAUAGCCUAYAAGUUCUGCAAGAGCGCCUAUAUUUUCGUGAUGGGCAUUUCAUCGUAUAAGGACUAUCAUCCUUAUAAUAUGGAGCGUAUGGAGCAGUACAUAGAAAAAAUUGAAGACGACAGUCAAAAAAAUCAAACUGUGAGAAAAUGGGACGAGCUCAAAAGAAAAGUUGGUUGGUCAUGGGAAAUGGGUGUGACCCUUUCACAACUGCGAAAGGAUCGAAAUGAUGCAGCCCAUCCAAAAAACCUUGAUAAAGAAACAGCAAAGAAGGCAAUCGAUGACUUGAAGAAGAAAAAAAAGCUGAAAGGCGAAACUGCUGAGCCUAAAGUCCAUCGUAUUGUCGACAUAUGGUUUGACAUGCAGGCAGAGGGAGUAUUUGCAAAAUGAGCUAAAACAAUUGCUAGUGCUAGUGCUAGUAUAUACAAUCUGAAAACACUUUAGAGUAGAUACAUGGAGCCUUUGGAACAAAUGGACGCAUGAAUUUGGCUAUAUAGAGAAUAUCAUUCUGACGUGCCUAAUCUUCAGCUUUUUCUAUAAUAUUAUAUUCUCUGUGUGCUGGAGUUCCUCAAGCUCUUUAUCGAACUUGAGUGACGUGUUUCCGAUGAGUAUAUAGAAUCUUGUCAAGCGGGUUCAAAUGUAUAUAUCCCGACAAAACAAUAAAAUGUGUAUUCUCAUUCUUUUAACGGCACUUACAAMAUUACAUUGCUUCACAAGACGGUCAAAAUUCACAUUUCAUUGCAUAUUCCGUAAUCUUAUCUUAUUUAGAAGUACRUKUGGACUGKUUUUUGGCGAUUUUUUCGAAUUUUUUGGCUUCGARAUCGUCUGAAACUUACAGUUAUUWUAGCGAAAAUACUUCUGAACAAUGGCCGUCAUUUUAUUUACAUGUAUAUGGCAUUGUUUCGCUAGAGAAAGAACAAAACUAAAAUGCACAGCGAUUCUGCACGAAUUACAUACAAUUCUUUCGUAUGCAGAUGGAUCAAUUUUAUAGAUAUUAAUUUUACACAAGAAUUUUAAAGCAAUCAAUGUAUUUGAAAAUGUACAGCUGAUUGACAAAUGUCUUCACAAUUGAAUUAAUAGUGAUAGUGUAUCAAAGGCACAAAGCUCUGCAUGCUUUGAUUAAAAUAAUUAAAUUGUUAUUUAAUGAUAAUAUUAUAGUUGAUUUACAGAUAUGAAUUUUAAUCAAAUUUUACCCAUAGUAAUGCAAUUAGAUUUGAUUUUAUACAGAAUUUAUAGUUUAUUUACAGAUUUAUUUUCAAAAUCCCUUAUGGAAUACCUUCACAUUUAUUGAACAAUAGAUUGCAUGGAAAUUCGGUCAUGAUUACAAUUAUGCUCAAUUUGUAAACAUUGUACUAAUGUACGGUCACUGAAAAUAAAUAUACACUUACAUUCA